AUGUAUGUAAGCGCGGAGCGCGAAGUAGAAAAGGGUGAGACAGCGACGGUUUUCGCCCCCGAGGCUCUGGUCACGGCAGACACCGCAAAGGCGCAUGUGCGCCUCACGCCGCCGCCGCCAGUUCCUGAAAAGAGCCAGCAGCAGAAAGAUGUAUCUUCACAGACCAUGGAAACAGGCCCGGCACCCGCUCAGCCAGCACCUCAGCGCGUGCCGGAGCCCCCCGCCUCCUUGCCUUCGGCAGCAGCGACAGCGCCGACGGAGUCCCCAAACGACGACGUCGGCUCGAAGCGGCACGCAGGCUGGGACGUGGACACGUCAGAGAAGCGUGCAAAGUCGGAUCCUGACGACAUGGACCUGUCCGACGACCGCGAGUCGAGUGCCCACACGCAGUCGUCCAAAAGCAAGGCAAAAAAGGGUGUGCAGGUGCAUCGCGUAAGUGGCCCCAAGGGCACACAAAAACGCUUACCAGUUCCAGAUGUGCCGCGCUCUGAGGACCCGAAUGCAACUGUGCUCACUGGGCAUGGGGCUGAAGUGUUUGCUUUGGCCUGGAACCCCACCGUCCCCAACUUGCUGGCAAGUGGCGCAGGGGAUGCGACAGUGCGCAUUUGGGAUCUCUCCUCGUCAGGCGAGGAACCCGCGGUUUGCAAGCAUCUGCCUCCUACACAAGCCAAAAAUGUAUCUACUGUGGCCUGGAAUCCCGACGGCACGCUUUUGGCCUCGGGAUCGUACGAUGGUAUCCUGCGGCUCUGGACGCCUCAGGGCGACCUGCAUCUCGUCAUGUCUAUGCACCAGGGGGCCAUUUUUGCCGUGCGCUGGAACCGCAAGGGCAAUAUGCUUCUUACUGGCAGCGCCGAUGGGACUGCCAUUGUUUGGGACGUGAGCAGUGGGCGCACACGGCAACAGUUUAGCCUGCAUUCGGAUAAUGUUCUGGACGUGCAGUGGCUCACCGGCGACAUUGACAGCCAAGUGGCGCAUCCGAACCCGAGCGUGGCUGAUGCCGUCUUUGCCACUUGCUCAGCAGACAACAGCGUGCAGAUCUGCAAGGUCGGCGAGCCCAAGCCCCUCAAGUCCUUGGUGCGUCACACGGACGAGGUGAAUUCGAUCCGCUUCGACCCGUCCCAGUCCCUUAUUGCAUCGGCAUCGGAUGACGGGGUGGUGCAUGUAUGGGCCGUGGAUGUGCCUGGUGUGGCAACGUGCACCCUCGACAAGGCCCCGUCCGAGAACAGAGCGCCUGCACGCCUGCUUCAAGGACACAAGGAAGAAGUGUAUGCGCUUGCCUGGAGCCCAACGGGUCCGGGUUCGACUCAUCCCGAUCAACCGCACAUGCUAGCCUCGGCUAGCUUCGACCACACUGCUCGCCUCUGGAAUGUGGACACGGGAGAUUGUAUCCAUGUUAUCGACAAGCACGAGCGCAGUGUCUAUGCCCUGUGCUUUAGUCCAUGUGCGCGCUACUUGGCGACGGGUGGUAUUGACCAUCGAGUUCUCGUUACGCGCAUCUCAGACGGAGAGCCCGUCUAUGAGUACGUCGGAGGAGGUCCGGUGAUGGAUCUUGUGUGGCACGCGCGCUCCUCGGAAGAGCCACGUGGCUCGACCCAGCAGCUGGCCGUCGCCCUAGCGGACAAGGCCCUCGUGGUGCUAGAUCUCACGGCGAGUGUGUAG